GCGCAGACAGUGGCCCGAUGGAGUCCGUAGCAGACCUCGCAACCGUGGAGGUUCCCCCCGGGCGCGUGCUCAGUGCCCGGGAACUCCUCGCCGCCCGCUCGCGGUCUCAGAAGCUGCCCCAGCGCUCGCAUGGGCCCAAGGAUUUCCUCCCCGAUGGCUCAGCGGCCCAGGCCGAGCGGCUGCGCCUGUGCCGAGUGGAACUCUGGCAGCUGUUAGAGGAGGAGCGCGUGGAGCGCUUGGGCAGUUUGGUGGCUGCCGAGUGGAGACCAGAAGAGGGGUUUGUGGAGUUGAAGUCUCCUGCGGGUAAAUUCUGGCAGACCAUGGGCUUCUCAGAGCAGGGCCGGCAGCGGCUGCACCCCGAGGAGGCCUUGUAUUUGCUAGAGUGUGGCUCCAUCCAGCUCUUCUACCAAGACCUGCCUCUGUCUAUCCAGGAGGCCUACCAGCUGCUGCUGAGUGAGGACAGUGUGACUUUCCUGCAGUACCAGGUCUUCAGCCACCUGAAGAGACUGGGCUAUGUGGUUCGACGAUUCCAACCAAGUGCCAUCCUGUCCCCUUACGAGAGACAGCUGAACUUGGAUAGCAGUGUCCAGAGCUUGGAGGAUUGGAGUGGCAAGAGGAAGAGGAGGAGCUCCAGCUCUUGGUCCAUUAAUAAGAAACCCAAGGCCCUGGAGAACCCCCUGCAGGGGGUGGAUGGGACACCCGAGAGCCUGGCAACCUCCAUCCCUUCUCCCAGCAACCAAAACAGCCGACGCCCAGAGGAGAAACCCCAAGAGUCAAGCCUCGUAAAGGGCCCAGCGGGCCCCUUUCAGCUUCUGGGGUCCCUGGAGCCCUACCCUGGCCUGGCCAAGGAGGUGGUGGGGUGCAGCCAGGAAAGUGGUAAAGUAGAGAACGGGAUCAAGGAGGCUUCUAAGCCACGCUGGAACUUUGAGCAGAUCUCUUUCCCCAACAUGGCUUCAGAUAGCCGCCACACCCUCCUGCUCGCCCCAGCCCCAGAGCUGCUCCCAGCCAAUGUCGCCGGGCGGGAGACAGACGCUGAGUCCUGGUGCCAGAAGCUGAACCAGCGAAAGGAGAAGCUCUCCAGGCGGGAACGGGAGCAACAGGCAGAGGCCCAGCACUUCCGGGAGGAUGUAAACGCAGAUCCCGAGGUGCAGCGCUGCUCCAGCUGGCAGGAGUACAAGCAGCUGCUGCACAGACGGCACCUGCAGCAGACCCAGAGCCGCCCGCCACACCUGUGGGACCAGCCUGUCACCCCCCUGCUGAGCCCUGGCCAGGCAGACUCGCCAGCCACCGUCCUUCAGCACAUCUCUGUGCUGCAGACGACACACCUGGCUGAUGGAGCUGCUGGGCUGCCGGAGAUGUCAGGGGGCGUGGAAAUCAGCUUUGAUGUUUACCAGGCUGACGCUGUGGCCUUGUUCCGAAAGAAUAACCCUGGCAAGCCCUAUGCCCGGAUGUGCAUCAGUGGAUUUGAUGAGCCAGUUCCAGACCUCUGCACCCUCAAGCGGUUGUCCUACCAGAGCGGGGAUGUUCCUCUGAUCUUUGCCCUGGUGGAUCAUGGAGACAUCUCCUUCUACAGCUUCAGGGACUUCACACUUCCCAGGGAUCUAGGACACUGACCAGCUCUGGCAGGGCCUGGGCCUGCCUGGGGGGACUUUGACUGUCUACUCUCAGGGACAAUCUCAGUUGCCUCCUACACCCAGUAGCUGCAUGGGCUGGUCUGGGCCUUGGCCCUGGGUGUCUGAUACUUGCAGAAGAGCCUAGCCCAGCCUCCCCAACCUGGCCGCUGCAGCACUUCCAAGCCCCAGGACUGAGACUGCUGCCUUGCAGUGACCCCCUUGGAACUCAACACUGGAUUCUAGAGACCCAGCGAGGUGAGGCAGAAGAGGACUCCGUGCCUUUAAACGUGAGGGUGCCUGCCCAUGCGAUAAAGCCAAAGCCAUAGCUAUUAAAAAAUAGAUUGCUUUUUC